ACCCCGUGACAGCCGGACGCGGCCUCUCCUCCCGGGCCGGCGCCGAUCCGGAGCGACGCCGCUUCCCCGCGCCAUGCAGCACAGCUCGGCGCCCGCCGUGCUGGUGACCACCAGGCAAAUUCAGAAUACGCACACAGGACUGGAUUUGUCAGUGCCGGAAUACAAGGAAAUCCAUGGGAAGAUGAUGUCUGGCCAUGUAGAGUAUCACAUUGUCGUUGUUACCCGACUGGCUGCCUUCAAAUCAGCAAAGCACAAGCCUGAAGAUGUAGUUCAAUUUAUGGUUUCCAAGAAGUACAGCGAGAUAGAGGAGCUCUACCAGAGACUGGCAGCACGAUAUCCACAGGUUUCUCUUCCACUCUUGCCUAGAAAAGUUCUCUUCGUGGGGGAAUCUGACAUCUGUGAACGAAGAGCUAUGUUCAAUGAUAUCAUGAAAUUCAUCUCAAAAGAUGAGGAUCUAGCAACAAGUCCUGAGUUACUGGAAUUUUUAGGAACAAAAUCUACUAGUGCCAUUGACUUCAAGGGUAAAAACAUUCCUGAUGACAAGGAGAAAGAAGACGAAGAAAAUGAGGCACUGGAUUUUUUCAAAGAGGAGACAACACCUGACUUAAUCUCACAGCUUUCAUCGGUGGAAAAUGCCAAAAAAGGGGAGAAAAAAGAAGAGGAAGAGGAGGAAGAAGAGGAAGAAGAUUUAGACCCUCUUGGUAUAAUCAGAACUAAAAAAACAAAGAAGGCAUCUGCUCCUCCAACCAAGGAAGAAAAGCCCAAAUUAACCAUUUUUGAAGAGGAAGUAGAUCCUGAUGAAGGACUCUUUGGCCCAGAAAAAGAUUUCUCAUCAACUGGUCCCAGGAAGAAGAUGAAAGAGAAUCUGAAAUUAUUUGAAGAUCCAGACCUUGGUGGGGUGGUAAGACUGGGUGACUCACUACUGCUGCCAGCUGCCUGUAAGAACACGGAGUAUGUGCUGAACACGGGUCCUGACGAGGACACUGAGGAACUGCUGAGAGUUGAAGAUGAUUUAGAGAAACUCUUGAAAGUAACCUCCAAACCAAAACCUAAGGUACCAUCAAAACCACCACUGCCUCAGAAGCCAGCAGUUGCCCCCAGGAGCACUAAUUCAUCUCCACUGGCAAAGCCAAAGGAAAACAGGAUUCAGACAAUGAAUGAAGUUGACAUUCUCCAGUAUAUCCAGGAAAAUGAAUCUAUCAACAACCAAGAUGCAAGUCUUUUUUGAACAUAUGUAUUUUUAAAAUGUAAUGAUGCCUUCUUGGCCCAAACUCCUGGUGAGCUCAAGUGACGGUAGCAAGAGUUGACCAGAUGUCUUUACUGUCACAGUGCUCAUUUGUGUACCAUGAUAUAGAGAGCCGCAAGUUUGACUAGCAGAGGCUCAACAUGAUGUUUUCAAAACAGUGCAGUUGUGGUAUAAUGUUGCCUUAGAUUUUCAGGAUAUUACAGGGAAUGUGGACAAGGACAUAGCACUACAGAUGGUCUACUUUAGGAUCAACAUAGUACAGUUUCGGCCAGUUUAGUCCUGAUUGAAAAUGGUAAGCGUGCUGCACACAUGGCAACUGUGAAUAGUGUCCAACAAAUGGUCUGAGGCAGGACAGGAUGUUGUUCCUGUCAUUUUAGACAGUGUAUUUCAGCUCACCGGAAAGGUCAUUUUCCUUUUAUCCUGUGCAUUUUUGUAGAAGCCCUUUGCUCCCUGACUGGUAUUUCAGUAAUUUAUAACCAGGAACUGUUAAGUAUAGGUAACAGUUCCUCUGUAGUUCAGAGAAACACUGAAAUCCCAGCUAAGCCUGACAAUCUGCUGCCUUUGUUGUUGCGCAAAUGCCAACUUGUAAGAGAACUUGUAGGACUGCAAGUACUAGACGCUAUGCAUCUCUGGCCCCUGGGGAGAAUAGCGAAUGACUGAAGAUGGCUAAGAGUGCAGCUCCAGACACAGGCAGAGGUUGCAGUGUGUAGGAGGUUUGGAUGCUGUAGGACUCUUGUGAACCUACUCAAGAUUGACAAGGGCUAAUGUUUUCCAGCCAAGUCUUCCUGGGCUUCCACUGUAGUUAGUGGAGAGAAAGAUUUCUCCAGGAGGUGAUUCAGUGCAGGUGUCCUAACGGAGGAACUCUGAAUUGCUCUCUGGAGUCACUCAUUCUCUCUUUCUCCUUCCCUUCUCCCAGAACUUAAAGAAGAAGCCAUGGUGAUUAAUUCCACUAAGCUAAAAUGAGGGUUUUUGAUAAAACAGUGGUCUGUUCAUUACUAUGGCGAUGGUUGAAAGAAGGGAGGACAAACUUGGGAUUAUCCAGAGGAAAAAAUAGGAAGAAAAUAUACUGGAGAAAUUUUAAUAUGCAGGAAAAGACAAACAUGGUAGAACAAGCAUCCCAGACUACCCUUCUUCUUCCCCGGCUCAGGCACUCUGGUUGAACAUGCUGAAUUUACAUCUAGUGUAGGUUGAUUCCUGCUGUCAUGUAGAAAGAGAUUCCUGAACUCAUUCCAUGUGUGUUCUAUCCAGAUGUGAAGACAAGCUCCCCAGAGGGAAAUUAUUAAUAUAUUUAAGCCAUAUCACUAUCCCCAAAUUUGCCUUUCUAAUAUAGAACAAAAUAAAUAGAAAGCAUUAUAUAUAUAUUUUUAAUAAUGAAAUUAUCUCUAUUAGUAUUUCCUUUUUAAGCCAAUGGAAAAUAUGAUAAAGGUAUUUUGGUUUGAUGGGACAGAUAAAACAUAACCAUUGGCUCUCAUCUAUGUACAGUAUGUUUCAGUAUAAUAAAACAUUU